AUACAUAAUACCGGUUUCAGAAACUAUAUAGGGCUUGCAAUCUAACUAGACUGGAAAUUAAGAAAAAACGAGAACAUUCUAAUUAGUAUAAGUAUAACAUAAUCGUAUAUAAUUAACUUCGUGCAUGAAAAUGCCAAACACACGGAAGAAGGUUAUAAAAGUUGUAUACAAAGCUGAAGACGAUAGCGAUAUAGGUGAAGCUUUUAGUGAUUCCGGUUCUGAAGCUCAAAUAUCUGAGGAAUCAAGCUCAGAGGACGGAUGUGAAGAACAGGAAGUAUCUUCAGGUGAAGAAUUCAAAAAUAUAAAAAAAUCAAUCGCUACCAAAACAGUGCGUAAAUUAAAAUUUGCGAAAUCGUUUAUUAACAAAAUAAAUAAACAAACAUCUGCUGAUAGCGAAAAUGAAAAUGUGGAUUCCGAGCCGCCCCUUUUUUCGGUCAAGGAUCUUACCGAAGAAGAUAAACUUUUGCCUUCCAUACUAAAUCUUUCAGAAAGUGAUACUAGUGAUGAUGAAUGCCAAAAACCAGCACUUAAGCAAAAUGUGAAUACUUCCACGUUGCCACAAAAUCAAAACUCUGAUAGUGAUGAUGACAACAAGAUUGAGUAUCAAGAUGUAUGGUCUAAAAACUUACAAGAUAAUAGUGAAGAAAUUGCAAAAAAGGCAUUUCUGGAACUUGAACAUCAUAAAUCUUUAAUGGAAGAAACCAAAGCAUCUCUUGAUAAAUACAAACACAAAGAUGAAAAAGGAAUUGAGUUUGAGGUUAAUGACCUACUUGCUCAAGGAGAAGAAAUAACGCCAAUUCCAAAAACAACUCCAAUAAAAAAGCCAACUAGGUCUCAAAAAGUUAAAGAUGCAAGUGACUCAGAAACAGAAGAUUGGGAGGAAGUCAAAGAAUCAAAAACUAUACCGAAACAGGGUUUGCAACUCAUUGUAGAAUUACCUAAUACAAUCUGUAAGAAAACAAAAAAAAUUGAUGUAGAAAUGAUGAUGAAAAGAAAAAUGAACCGAGUUAAAAAAGAAUAUCAAGUCUUUAUGCAUAAAGUACAUGUCCUAUGUUGGUUAGGACAUGGUAAUUUUGUAAGUAAGAUACUAAAUGACCAAGAACUUUUGGCAGCUUCAUUAUCUUUGGUUCCUUCUAAAGAAUGCUAUCCAUCUGAGAGAGUAGAUAUGAAAUACCUUGAGCAAAUAACUACAUGGUACAAGGACAAAUUUACACUAAAACAAGAUAAAAAUGAACAUAAAUAUAAACCAAAAGCCCCACCACUCAAAGAAUUACUAAUUACACAAAUAAAAAGUCGAGUAGUCACCACAAAGAAGUAUUUAGUAUAUAUAUUUGUUUGUAUGUUACGAGCUCUUGGUUUGCAAUGCAGAGUAAUGUUUAAUUUUGUUACAUUACCUCUAAAGCCUCCAAGUUCAGAAUUAUGUUCUCUAUCAACCAAACCCAAAAAUGAUAAAAAUAAUGUUGAAGAAAAAGCAACCACAAAACAGGCAAGCAAGAUACCAUCAAAUAUUAAGAAAAAAAACUCUAAGAAACCACAAUCAAAAGAAAAGAUACAUCAAAUUGAUGGAGCUGAUGAUGAUUGUUAUGUAAGUUGUGACAGUUAUGAAAAUAUUGUCCAAUUAGAUGGUAAUAAUGAUCGACCAUUGUUGGAAACUAGGAACACUAGAUCAAGAAAACCAAAAGCUACAUCUUCCAGCGCAAUGGUAACUGAAGAUGAUGUUUCACCGCCAAAAAGAUCUCGAAAAAAUAAAAGUCCAAAUGUCAAAGCAAAAGAUAUUGCAAAUACCAGUAAUACAAUGCAGAAUAUUGAUGAUAAGAACAAUGAUGCAAGUACAUGCAUUUCUAAAGUAAAAAGAGUACAAAAAUCCCCAGCCAAAUCAGUUAUUAAGAAUGAUGCAGUGACCGAUGAUACAAUUAAAAAAAAUAACUCAACUAAAUAUAUUGCUAGUCCCCAUAAGACAAGAAAUACAAAAAGUAAUCUUUCACUCUCGAAUGACAAAGAUACAGUUGAAAAGAACCUGACAAGAAAAUCCAAAACAAAGCCUCCUCUAAUAAUACUUACAAGUGAAAAUGACAAUAUGUCUAGUAAAUACUUUGAUAUAAAGGAGGAAGAAAACAAAAUUAAUCUUAGGCUAUCAAGGAAAAGAUCAAAAACAGCUACUACUGAUAAUUCACUAUUAGCUAUAGAAAAAAAGGAAAUGGAUUGCAAACCAGUUAAAACCAGAACGAAAAGUGUGCCAGGGACUAAUGAUGAGAAAAGCAAAUAUUUUGAGACUUCACCAAGCCAAGUUAAGAAACCAAAACUUUCCAUGUCAAAAGUAAAACCUCUUAAAGAUAAAGAUGAUCAAAAGAGAGUAAGUCACAGAGAUCUUACAAAGCCGAAAAUAAAUAAAAAUGAUGUAAAGGAGGAUCUUGUUACUUUAAUCAAAGGAAGAAUUAAGGAAGCCAAAGAAGAUUCUAAAAAAGGCAUUGUAAAAGGUAAAGUAAAAAUUAAUUCUGAAGAAGACAGUGAUUAUCUACCAGAAGAAGAUUCUAAAUCUAAAGCAGCUAAUAGUGAUGAUGAUUUCAAACCCACCAAAGUGACACCAAAACCUAGUACAAGUAAAAAGAUAGAUCGUCGAGUAUUGUCAUCAUCUGAAGAAGAUCUCCCUAAAAAUAAAAUAGAUGUAUGGUGUGAAGUUUUUGUUGAAGAACUUGAACAGUGGAUAUGUGUAGAUGUGGUUAAAGCAAAAGUUCAUUGCGCAGAAAGUAUUUAUUCGGGUGCAACUCAUCCUGUGUGCUAUGUCGUCGGUUGGGACAAUAACAAUUACCUUAAAGAUUUGACGCGUCGUUAUGUGCCUCAUUGGAACACAAUCACUAGAAAACAACGAGCUGAACCCAAGUGGUGGAAUGAAGCUAUACAGCCUUGGCUAGGCCCGAAAACUGCAUGUGACAAAGAAGAAGAUGAGCAGCUUGAUAGGAUGCAGUUAGAAGCUCCUUUGCCAAAAAGUAUUGCUGAAUACAAGAACCAUCCCUUGUACGCAUUGAAACGUCACUUGUUGAAGUAUGAAGCGUUAUAUCCACCUGACGCGGCCGUACUAGGAUUCGUACGCCAGGAGCCAGUUUAUGCACGCGAGUGUGUUUACGUUUGCCGAUCAAGAGAAACUUGGUUAAAGGAAGCUAAAGUAGUACGUCUCGGUGAACAACCUUAUAAAGUCGUCAAAGCAAGACCGAAAUGGGAUAAGCUAUCCAACAAACUUAUAACAGACAAACCACUUGAAAUAUUUGGACCGUGGCAAGUGCAGGAUUAUGAACCGCCAACGGCAGAAAAUGGCAUCGUACCUCGCAAUGCGUAUGGGAAUGUAGAACUCUUUAAAGACUGCAUGCUUCCUAAAGGAACAGUUCAUAUUAAAUUGCCUGGUCUAAAUAAAGUAGCAAAGAAACUGAACAUAGAUUGUGCACCAGCGAUGACUGGUUUCGAUUUCAACGGGGGCUGGUCUCAUCCUGUGUUCGACGGAUUUGUUGUUUGCGCCGAAUAUAAAGACACAAUCACAGAUGCAUGGGUUCAGGAUCAAGAAGAGCAAGAACGCAAGGAACGUGAAAAGAUAGAUGCCAGGGUGUAUGGAAAUUGGCGGCGAUUAAUAAAAGGUCUAUUGAUACGGGAACGGCUCAAAGAUAAAUAUGGUUUCGAGGAACCAAGCAAGAACAAGAAAAAUCCUAAAGGACCUCGCCUGGUUGUGAAAAAGAAAUAAAGAUCAAACACAUUUCGAAAAGUAAUAAUAAAUAUUCUAUAAAAGAAAAUUAGUUACGUACGUGUAAAAUACGUUAACAUUGGAAUAAAAAAAUAUGAAAAAAAUAAAUAAAAAAUACAUCAGUGUUUCUUGGAUUACAAUUAUUCCAGUAUAUUAUACUACAUAUUACAUUAUUUCGUUUUAAGCUAUUAAGCUCCGUAGCCAUACUAAAGUACUGAGCUCAAGUGGCUACCAAUUUGUCUUCCCCGGAAUGAAUUUUGGGCUGGUGUAAUUUGCUGGUGAAAAAAAUUCACCUCUAGGGACGCUUCACGUUCCUUCACGAUCGUCGAGAAUAUUUCUUUAAAAUAUGAUUCAAAUAUUUCAGAAAAAUAAAAUGUUUUAUGACCUUAAAAUAAAAAGAAAUAUAUUUUGAUUAUAUGGAUAUAAUUUUGAUGUUGAUUAUGUCCAUAACGUCAUUGUGAUAUUUACACAAAACAGAUGCAUAGAGUAGCAGAUUAAAAGAUAUCAAUAACACCAGAACAAUGCCAUCUAACGAUCGAUUACAAAAUAAAAAGAUAUAAAUCAGUUAAAUUAAUAGGCAUAUUUUAAUGCUUAUCUGACAGUUGACGCCACACUGACGUCUCAUGACGGCGGGUCGUGUUUCAAGUCACGUGACACACACAAAUCACGACUUUUAAUUUUAAGAUAUUAUUGUAAUCAUGCGAUUUUAAGACUCAAAAUCAGAAUCUCUAUUUAUUACAAAAUCGUGACUUAUUUUUCACUACUGAAACUAUCGAUAAAUAUUACGCAUCAGUCAGUACCGUUAACAAAUAAACACUGGUUGAAGAAUACGCUUAUUGAGUUUGGGUUGUAUUAAGAUCACACAUAAUUUUUGUUGUUUUUAUUGGUUUCGAUUAUUAUUGUUACUUGUCAUGGUUGACUAAAAUAGCAACUGCUAUUAUGAUUUCCACAAUAAGCAAACAUAAUUUCACUAAUAAUAAAUAUAUCUAAUAGAUCUUGUUUCAUUAUUAUUUUUUAGUUAUUUUUUCAAAUAUGUCCUUUCUGUUUGUUAUAUCGUUAUUACAAAGCAAAUGUUAUGUUAACAUUUUUUAUUUUUAUUUUAUAUAUAUACCUCAAUAUCUACAUAUAAAUUUAUUCUUUUCCAAAAAUAUUUUUCGGUAUAGCAUUGUGAAUGCAAAAUUAAUCACAAAUAAUUAACUAAAAGUUAUUAAAUUAUUAUGACAAUAUUUUAGAGAUUAUUUAUAAAUAUAUCAAUUUUUAAUAAAUAAUUUAUCUCUUGCCUUGUGUGCUAGCUGUACUUUCUAUUUUCAUAUGAGGUCACGUGGGUGUUAUCAGACAAGGUUCCAGAGCAUUAGCAAUUCUAUAUAUAAUAUUAAGUAGACAGCAGCACGACAGAUAAUCAUUUUAUUAUGGUAAAUUCAAAAUCAAGUAUUUUGAAUCUACCAUAAUGCAUUAAGGUUUCUUAACAUCAACUAGAGCUUAACAAUUUAACAGGGUGCAAGGGUAAAAAUGGAUUUUUUAAGCAUUCUUUCAUUAAGAAUAAUUGAAUGCUAAAAUAAUUCUAUCGACUUUUAGUUUGUUAAUUUACUGCAUUUUUUUUUUGGAAAUAAAUCAAUUUAUAUGUAAAUUUGGAAAAUAACAUUUUCUUUGUAAUAACGCGAUAAAAAAACGGAAAGGACAUUGUUGUUUUGUAUUUUUGUAAUCAUUUUUGUUUUUUUUUUUUUGUUUUUUGAUAAGGUAAAAUUAAGAAUUUUAGUUGUAUAAAAAUUAAUCUACCUCAUCUUUAUUACCGUAUCUUUAAAAUGUCAUUGCAUGCUAUAUUUGCUUGUAUAAUUUUAAUGUUAAUUACGAUUGACAACGUUUUUGUUGCAUUACAUUAUAAUAAUAUAAAAAAAUAAGAACUUGUAAUUUAUAUAUAUUUUUUAGAAUUACACUAAACACACUUUGAUAAUGUUAUUUCAUUACAUCUAGUGACAUGUAAUUUAGUUUAAAACUAAUUAAUACCUCGAAUUUCAUACUUAACAAUAAUUUGUAAUACUAUGUAAGAAAGCGAACAGAUCUAUGUAAUGCCUAAUUUUGUAAAUAUAAGUUUUUUGAACUUUGCCAUUAAAUAUCCUCGCAAAGAAGAAAUAACGCAUUUUCCAUGUUUAUAAAUUUAAACCUAAUGCGUUUGAUUUAUUCUUUCAUAUACUAAUAUUAACAACAUUUGAAACCAAAAAGUGUUAAUGGUUGUCCAUUGAAUUAAAAUCGUCUAUUGGUAAUAUUUUUGCAUGCUAAAAAAUAUAUUUUAUCCAGUAUUUCAAAAAAUAAAUUUCACUUUAAACAUUAUGGGAUAUGUUUCAGAGGUAGCAAUUCUGUUGCACAAACUAAUCCAAAGAAUCAUGUUCAUUUUGACCUUAAAUUUACUAACGCGUCUAGUGAUGUGAUAUAUCUCAAAAUGUAACAAUUUUUACUUGUUAUAUGAGGGAAUUAAAUCUUAAAAUAAAGUCAGGACAAAAAUUGCUAGUUUGAUAAUUAUUAUUAAAUAGUAUUGCUGCAGUACCUAAAUGCAAUUCAGACCCAAUGAGGGUUUGCUACGUUACGUUUUAUCUAACAGGAAAAAAUAUUCUUUCGUCAUGAGGUUAAAAAGUGCAUAUUUUCAAUUUAUUUAGAUUUAUUAAUUUAAAUAAAAAAAAAACUUUGAUUUUAAUGCAUUAAUUUUUAAAAACAUUAUUUACAAAUUACGAAUCGCCCUGGCUAUAUUUUAUUUUAAGCAUAAACUAAUUUAAAUUAUCACUAAUAGUGGGACAGUUCAAUCAAUGUAUGGAAAGUGGAUAUGAUUCUUUGGUUCCAAUUCAGUCAAAUUACGUUUUCUAUAAAUAACUAAAAUUAACUCGCUUUAAUUUAGUACCCGGGAGUAUAAUUAUACAUUUUUAAUACAUGUGAAUGCAGAAUACUUUAAUACAAACUCAAAUUAGGUAGACUUUUUUAGUUUAGGAAGUGGUACAAAAGGAUUGGCACCUAUAUCAAAAGUAUCUAGUCUUGUAUGUUUUUAAAUAAAAAUUUGUUUGCAAUUUUUUAAAUUCCUUUAAAAAGGGCCCGCAAAUAUGAAAUUGUAAUAAUGUGUACGCUUUUAAUGAUAAUUGUAUUAUAAUACUUAAUUGUGUUAAAGAUAAUAUAGUUGUUUUGUUAAUUUUUUUAUUAACUUUAAUUUCCGUUUCCUUGUGUUAUUUUGUGCUUAAACUAAAAUAAAAAACCAAGUAAUUAAAUAAAAAUGUAUUUAAUACAAAUGAUAACUUAAAAAUGUUGUCAAUUAAUUUUAUAUGCAAUAAGCUGUCUUAAUGUGUAUAUAAUAUAAAAUUGAUUUAAAGUGCAUGUUACAUAGCAAAAGCUCAAAAGCAUAUAAUCGUUAGGAAUUACUCGAGCACAGCUUAUUGUGCCUAAGUGAAUAGAUAUUACAAAAUUAUAUACAGAAUUCUUUGGUGUAUAAAAAUAUGUAUAGACACUUCAGAUCUUUUAAUGCAAGAUCUGGUCGGUCGAAACGAUUGCAUUUAUUUGCAACCUUAUCCACAAUUAUACAGGAUAGUUACUUUACCUCCAAACAAAACCCUAUAUUGGAGGGUUCAUCACAAUGCCAUUGUUUUAAUUUUCUUAAGUUGUUUCGAUUUUUUUUUACUUUUUAAUAUUUUAUUUCUUACAUCUACAUAUACAUUAAGUCUAUCUUACGUACUUACUACAAUAUUUUAUGACGAAUCUAUAAACUAAGGGCCCAGACACAUUCAUCCCAAUUUGUACAUAUCAUGAAAGGAAUGUAACCUUUAAUUUAUAUCUUCAUAGCAUAAAAUAUUUGCACACAUAAUCUUAACAUCAUCUAUUUUAUUAGUCUCAUUGGAUAAGUAUCAACCACUAUUAAAUCCAGUUUAAUAAAUGGUAUGAUCGGUAGACCGGUAGCAGUAUAUUUAUUAGAUAAAAUUCCUUUCAAGCUACCAUUCACUCUAUUUUAUUUAGUUCCUAUAAAGUCCAGCUCUAUAGUAGUUAAUUUAAGCCAUGGUCAAUGUGCCUGCGCCCAUUCCAAAUCCUACUCCCUUUGGUCCGAAGUUUCUACCGUAGCAACCUCGGCAGUAAAUUUCACCGUUAGGACCAUCAUUCAAGUUAGUGGAAUCCUGUAACAAAUAAAAGAAGUUAUACUAGAUAUAAGAGGA